AGAGGAGGAUGUAUUGAAACAGACUACUGCUACUUACAGGAUUGCACAGUAUAGCAGCCCAGCUCCUGCAUUUGGCUGCCUUACUCUGCCCGGAAUGCACUGGAGUGGGGGUGCUCCGUCACUGACUAUAAACUGAAUCUCAUCAGGAAACUACACAGUAUCUCACCAUCACUUGAAAGGUCUCGCCAGGCAGAGGUGACGCCAGGAGAUGAUUUAAAGGUGAAAAUGACAAGGUUUCCACCUCUCAAACCUUGGCUCCUUUUCUGACAAUGCAGUCUGAAUAAACCCUGAUGUCUUCUUUAUUCUGGAAAUAGGAUUGGAAGAGAGAGAAUUUUUUUCUAAUCUUGAUAAAGAAGAAUAUUGGGAAGCCGUUUUUUCAGAAGUCUCGUAUUGUGGCACAGAUGGAUUUUAAAAAGUGUUAGAUCUUUCCAAUGAACACUAAUAGAGUUCUCUGCUCUUGGCUGGAUUUUUCAGAGAAUGGCCAUGGUCUCUGCGAUGUCCUGGGUCCUGUAUUUGUGGAUAAGUGCCUGUGCCAUGCUGCUCUGCCAGGGGUCUCUGCAGCACACUUUCCAGCAGCACCACCUGCACAGACCAGAAGGAGGGACGUGUGAAGUGAUAGCAGCACACAGAUGUUGUAAUAAGAAUCGCAUUGAGGAGCGAUCACAAACAGUAAAGUGCUCCUGUCUGCCUGGGAAAGUGGCUGGGACCACCAGAAACCGACCCUCCUGUGUGGAUGCCUCCAUCGUGAUUGGAAAAUGGUGGUGUGAAAUGGAGCCUUGCCUAGAGGGGGAAGAGUGUAAGACGCUACCUGACAACUCUGGAUGGAUGUGUGCUACAGGCAAUAAAAUCAAGACCACACGAAUUCAUCCAAGAACCUAAUAGAAGCAUUUGUUGUUGUAGUAAAAGAAAAUCAACCUUGCAGAAAAUAAUACAUUUUAGGAAUUCAAAACAUCUUACACAUUUACAAGCCAAAUGGAUUUCUUAUUUGCACUUUGACUGGUUAGCAGAUAAGCACAGAGCUUUACUAUGUGUAACAGAACAACCUACAGUGAGAAGAUGUGGAGUUACUGGCAGCACCAUGGAAAGUGGGUUCACAAAAAAAGGUUUUUUCAGUGGAAUUUUCUUGUGGUUACGAAGAACGAUCUCCUAAUUUGGAUCUACAGUUACUUUGUACCAUUUUAAAUACAUGUAUAUAUAAUAUUUUGAAAUAUUAUAUAUUCUCUUCAAGAAAUGAACAGUACCACAGU